GCGUCCAACGUCAAGCCAACUUUAUGCCAGUACGUGACUGUUGUUGAUCAAGACAGUGGACUUCGCUCUGUUUAAGAGUUUGUUUUUGAGAGGGCAGUUAAAUAUUAUAGUUAGUCGACCUAUUAUAUCGCGGAGAGCUAGCGAUUCUCUCUCUACAAUUUGCUGUGUGGAUUCUUGUAAUAUUAAACAAAAGCUAAAUUUAAUUGGCAUAACAUUUAAAAUCUAAUCACAACAAACAUGGCAAAUCGACCAGUGCAGAAGAAGACCAGCAGUCAACCACACUUCCUGCAGUUCAACAACCUCGCAUGCGAAACAGCUGGAGGAAAGGUGAUUUUUGCCACGGAUGAGUGGUUUGCCCCAGCUAGAAAUCUUUUAAAGAGAGACCCUCCAGAAUUCAUAGCCUCAGCGUUUACUGAAUACGGAAAAUGGAUGGAUGGCUGGGAAACCAGAAGGAAAAGAAUUCCAGGUCACGACUGGUGCAUCAUUCAGUUAGGAGUUCCAGGAAUUAUUUAUGGCUUUGAUGUGGACACAUCUUUCUUCACCGGGAACUAUGGACCAUACACCUCCAUUCAAGCUGCAUGUCUUGAUCAGAUGCCGCCGUUCACCCUUGAAGGAGAUCGUACAGGCAUGGCAGCUUCCCCAAGCCAGUUCGACGCUGUGGCACAGCUUAACUCAGACAGCUGGGAGGAGCUUGUCCCGAUGACAAAGCUGAAGCCGGGGUACUCUGAAUCAUGCCACAACUACCUGAAUGUCACCUACCCACACAGAGUUACCCAUAUCCGCCUUAACAUAUAUCCAGAUGGCGGAAUUGCGAGGCUAAAAGUUUAUGGCAUUGGGAAGAAGGACUGGUCCACUGUUUCUAGUCAAGACCUAGUGGAUCUUGUUGCCCUGAACAAUGGGGGUGUAUGCGUAGGCUACAGCGACGCCCACUAUGGUCACCCACGCAAUAUGAUUGGUCUAGGGAGGGCUGACAACAUGGGUGAUGGGUGGGAGACAGCCAGACGCCUGGAUCGGCCCAAAGUUUUAAAGGUGGAUGAGAAAGGCAUAUUACAAGUGCCAGGCUUUGAGUGGGCUAUUCUCAGACUAGGACAUCCUGGCAUCAUAAGCAAAAUUGAGGUAGACACCAACCAUUUUAAAGGAAAUUUCCCAGACUCCUGCAAGAUUGAGGCCUGCUGUUUGACUCCAGAUGAGGAGAACAGCUUAAUUCGUAACCAGUGGCGAUCUGACAAAACCCCAAAGUGGAGAAUUCUUCUUCCACCUCAAAAACUGAAGGCACACCACAGGCAUUUGUUUUCUGGGGAGUCUGUGGUGCAGUGUGGGCCUGUGACUCAUGUGCGUCUGGUCAUAGCUCCCGACGGAGGGGUCAGCAGACUCAGACUCUGGGGUGGACCGGUGUCGAACAACAUGACUCGCCCUCAGCCAAUCUCCAAACUGUAAUGCCAUCAUGUACUUUCAACACACAGUUACAGAAGAAUGAAGGCCAUCCGUUGUGAUUUAAAAUAUUAACACCAUAAUGUUAAUAACAACACUGAAGACUGAGAACAUACUAUAUACAAUACAAUACCUAAUAGCCUUCGCUGUGGUACAGUAUACAAAUGAAUUAUUGUCAAGGCCAAUGUUUCAGAAAACACCUAUAAAAUACUCUGAAAUUAGCUAAUAAAAUGAACUUUCACUCA